AUGGAAGCAUCAUUGAUAAGGCGCCUUCUGCCCGAAGAGAUUAUGAACCUAAUAUUUGUGUAUCUUGAAAGAGAAAUCGAUAUCAGAAAUUGUCGCUUGGUAUGCUUAAAUUGGAACUCAAGCAUAUAUUCUAUCUUCUACAAGGAGGGGAUUCAAAUCUCUCUGUGCAAACGAAAUUAUCAACGGCUUCAAGACGACAUAGUAAAGUUUCCCGAAUUAAAGUUGAAAAUACAGAAAUUGUAUAUUAUUUCUGAAGAUGAAGAUCGUACUGGUUAUAAUAUAGAUCUCAAUACUUUUAUGCCUAUAAUUAACAUGUGCAGCAACUUAAAGAGACUACAUUUUCAAGCGACAACAUCAGGAGAUAAUUUUUUAAUCCCAUUGCUGACUGAAACAGUAGAUCUUCCGUUUAUUGAAGAAAUUGUUGCAGACGAACUGACUGACUUGAAACGGCUUACUCGAGAAACGUAUUUGAUGAUCAACUUCAAGUAUCGCAACACAAUAACAUCUUUAAGAAUAAGCGAUUAUGACCAAGAUGAAACUUACUGGAAUUUGAAAAAUUAUUCAGAUAAUGAGGGUAGGGACCCGCAACGAUCCAAUUCGGUUACAUCACGUCAGAAUACAAAUAGUGUUACUUAUGAAAGGGCAUGGGAUACAUAUCCUGGAUUGCUCAACUACGUUUACAACUUUCGUAACCUGAAAGUUUUAAAAUUACUUCUGACUGGGAUGAGAGAUAUUAUUGAUAUCAGUACUUUAACGGAAUCAAAUCUUAUCCAAUUGAAAACAUUGCACAUUUGUGGUGAAGAUUCGAUCUUGUUCAUUGAAAAUACGCCUUCACAUUGGUCAAGACUUAAUUCAUGCGGCUCUGUAACGGAACUUACACUACGUGCACUUACAAUUAGUGUAAAUACCUUGGAAUAUAUCAUGACAUAUUUUGAUAAUGUCGAUAGGUUAAAUUUGUAUCAAACACAUCCUUUAAAAAAUUACUGUAAUUCAUCUUAUGACGAAAAAGUUACUCCAACUUUGAUCGAGAAGCUAAAAUCAUAUUGUACUGGAAAAGAAGACGUCCAUGUUUUUUUCAAGUAUGAUACGAUAGGAGGACAAGAAAAUUUUAAAAAACAAGUUUUAAUCAAAGGCGGUAAAUUGAUUGACGAAAUUAGACAACCCGAAUUUGAUACAUAUUGGAAUGAUUACUAUGACAGUGGACCAGAAUACUAUGACAUUGAACAAGAAUAUUAUGACAUUGGACAAGAAUAUUAUGACAGCGAAGAAGAAUAUUAUGACAGUGAUCAAGCACAUUAUGACAGUGAUCAAGCACAUUAUGACAGUGAACAGGAACAUUACGUCAAUGAUAAUACGGAUGUAAAUUAUAUUGAGUGGCAUAAUAGCGAUAAUUGCUAA